UGCGGGGGGCUGGAGACGCCGAGCUGCUCACGAUGAGGAGGGGAGAGAGGCUCGGGCGGAGCGGCCUCGUCCCGCGGGUCUGAGCGCCCACCCCCGCCGCCGGGACUCCGGCCUCCCUGGGCUUCGGCGAUGAGCGCUCGGUGACCGGCGGCGCCGCGAGUCGUAGACCCGGGACUCCGGGAGGCAAUGCUGGCUCGGCUUGGAGUGGCUCGGGGACAGUGAAGAAACCCUAAAAUGGAGGACUUUUCCACCAGGACCUACGGCACAAGUGGCCUGGACAACAGACCUCUGUUCGGAGAGACGUCUGCCAAGGAUCGAAUCAUCAAUUUAGUUGUUGGCAGCUUAACGUCUUUAUUGAUCCUAGUAACGCUGAUUAGAGCUUUUGUUUUCCCUCAACUACCUCCAAAACCGUUGAAUAUAUUUUUUGCUGUCUGCAUCUCUUUGAGCAGUAUCACUGCCUGCAUAUUUAUCUACUGGUAUCGACAAGGAGAUUUAGAACCGAAAUUUAGAAACCUUAUUUACUAUAUCUUAUUUUCUAUCAUCAUGUUAUGUAUAUGUGCGAAUCUGUACUUCCAUGAUGUGGGAAAGUGAGGCUGCCAAGAGAUACACUCACCAGGUCUCUUCAAAGCAAUACUUUUGGACUCGAAUAAGAGCUGGAUAAGGUAUGCUGAAGAGUCUCCUGCAAAAUGCUGAUACAUGA